CCCUUUAAUGUACUAGAUAACAGUCCCUGGCCCUAUAGUCAUACUAUAGAUCUAUGAUUCAUUUUCUACUACAUAGCUAUAGCUUGGCACACCUACUAUGCUUUGAUGGAUGACACUAGUUUGACAUUCCUUCUGUUUGUGGGGACAUUCACCAUAGCUGUAAAAGCCCAGCAGUUUACAAUUGAGCCUGAGUCAGUGGUACAAGCCGAGGGAUUAUUGGCAGAAUUUGAGUGCCUGUCUCCUGGAGCACUAGGUCAUAUUUGGUUUGUGAAUGGUAUAGGGUCUACAAGCCUUACAUCUGAAAUCAGAGUAGUUGAAGGAAGUGAAGGUCGUCCCUCAGUGCUGACCAUUCCAGCUAGCUCACAGUUCAACAACAGUGUCAUUCAGUGUGCAGCAGCUUCAGUGAGUGGUGUAGUGUUCUCAAAGAAUGCAACCUUGAUAUUUGAGCGUGUAAUUCUUGAGGUGUUGAAUGGUGAAACCAAAAUUACCGUCUCCGUAAUGAAUAAUUUCACUAUGAAUAACCUCGCCUAUCGUGUGGACAUCUCCCUGGUGCCUCUUGUCACCAAUGAGAUGGUUGCGCUUUCUCCUCUAAAUGGGAUUCAAAAUCAAGUGCAAUUUAAUUAUCAACAACUUAAGAACCACACUGUCUGUGAUAUAUUCACCUUCACUGUAACUCCAAUUACUAGUGAGUCAGGAAUGGAAGGAAGGUCCAGUGAACCAGUCACUGGGUUCUUUACACGAGUAACAGAUAAUAACAAUGUCGCUCCCCUCAUCAGUCAGGGAAGAAAUGUGUUGAGGAAAAUAGUACAUCUCGGUGGUAUGGUACCCAACUGUACCAGCUUCACCUCCUACCAAGUGACCUCUGACAUAUCACCACCCAUCAAUAAGACCAUCGAAGAUCCCCAAAUGAUAAAUGUCUCUCUUCCCACUGACCGGAUAAUCAACAUAUCUGUGACAUUUACUUCGAUCAUGGGUGUGCGCCUCAUAUUCAAGGACAUGCUAAUCAGAACAACUGAUGUUCAAGAUUUGAGUGUGGACGUUUGCCCUGAAGGAAACUGUGCGAGCAUUGAGUAUGUUGAAGGUACCAUCUCUCCCGGAGCUCUUGUCUGUGUGAUAGGUGUAUUGUCUGACAACUCAUUGGACUUAGAAAGCAUAAGGCUGCUGCCAAUUCGACGGAAUAUAAGUGACCAUUUUACCAUCCCGGUGGCUGUUAGUGGAAAUUACAGUGUGGUUGCAUUUGACCUUGAGAACAACAAUAUGAGUGUACCAAGAAUUCCCAUGUCUGUGGCGGCUGACGAUGAAACUAUGUUUUUGAGUAAUGAAUCUUCCAGUGAACCAAAUUCUCCACCUAAUUCUGAGGGCAUCACUGUCACUAAACUAUCAAAUGGAAGUGCUGAAGUGACCUGCACUACCACUGGCCAGAGUUGUCUAGCGUUGUUUCAAUCUAAAACCUCUCCAACCUCUCUUGAUCCGAUGGUGAUGAUUGGUUUUAUUGAAUCACCUAAUGACAGAACCACUGUCACUCUUAAUGCCACUUCCGAUGUUUAUGUGGUAGUGUACACUUGGAACAGUGAUUCUGGUGAGACCAUCUUUGAUGGGAAGGUAUCCUUCAUUAGUCAAGUGGAGCUACCAACUACUUUUGCAGCUCCUCCCCCUACACAAUCACCUCCUGAUACUACUGGAUCUCCAGUUCCAUCGCCCAUGAUAGUACUAAUAGCAGUUGAGGUUCCAGAGUCAGAUGGAAUAGUGGAUUGGUCAUCAACAUUUGCAGGAAUUGAGCAGCCUAACGAAGCUUAUGCUCCAGUACUCAAGAGGAAAAUUGCUCAUGAGCAGACAAAGAAACCACGGGGACAAAGGGUCGAUGACUCACAAGCCCCGGCAACAACAGAGGGAGAGUAUGAAAGCAUUGAGCCAGUUCAUGAGUAUGAGGAUGUGUUGCCUCAGGGAAAAGCAAGUCGUGCAAAUUAUGUUAACGUUAACUGACAGAUUUCUACAUUUAUUUUUAUCCCACACAUUAAUUUGUAUACCGUAUAGCGGGAAAUAUUCGCUGGUGCACAUUUUCA